CUGCAUUACCGGAACUUUAUCAAAACACGUCUCGGUUCGUAGUUUUUUUUUCUCGCGAACUUUCUACUUUGUUUAAUUAGGUUCUUCGGAUAGUUUUCAUCGAAAUCUUCAUAACUAUCUGAUUUGUGACAACAAGUUUCAGUCUUAAGGCGAUUUACGCCGUCUCAACCUAUUCAUCUACAAAAAUGUCUGGGAGUUUUGAAAUUCCUGGCCUAUCCAUCUCCAGGGUACCAGAUGACUCUCAAGUCCAAACAAGCGCUCCUAAUGAAUCUCAACCUGUGACUUCUCAACCUGCUACUGAGAUGGAUAUCGAUGCUCCUGCCCCUUCAGAGAGUCAACCAUUGCCUCAGAUUAGUGAGGCACAGAUCGAGAAGUCAGAAGAGCCGGAGAAGCCGGAGAGUUCUGAUGUUGCUAUCAAAGAUGCAGCACCUAGCCCUCCCUCCUUAACCUCAGCACUAGAGGCUCUACUUGGCGGUCUAGAUGCCCCACCACAGGAUCCGAAUGUGUCAUCUGCGCAACCCGAUGGCACAGAGCAGAAUGGACAGCCCCAAGAACAAGAGGAACAAGGUGAUCCUGAGUGGGAAGAAGAUUCUUCCCCCUACGAAUCCUCGUCUGAAUCAAGCAGUUCGGAUGAUUCGGAUGACGAGUCUGAAGAUGGGAAAAAUUAUGAGCUACUAGGCCCCGAGGAGACUGCCCGCAUUCUUAUGGAAAUGGAAGGCGGCUCAGAUGAUGAAGGAGAGGGGAAGGCGAAAGGGAAUGGUUCGGGUGCACAAGUCCGCACGAAGAACGAAUUGCCUGAAGAAGUAGUUCCUAAGCCCGAUGUCGUUAUAUCACCGGAUAUGACUAUCACCGAACUUGGCGUAAUCGAGCACAUCGUUGAGAAUACGGCUGUAGUCAAAGCAAUCACGACAGGAGAGUACCAAGUGCUCGACAGCGGCUCAGUUCUCUGCACGGAAGACCGCACUGUUAUCGCGGCGGUGGCCGAUUUAAUUGGCAACGUGAGGCAGCCACGUUAUACUGCAAGAUUUACGAACGAAGAAGAAAUCAAGUCUUAUGGCUUAGAGAUAGGGGCCAAAAUAUUCUAUCCACCUUCGCACGCGGUAUACGUCUUCACUCAACCGCUUCGGGAGCAAAAGGGCACGGAUGCAAGCAAUUGGCAUGAUGAAGAGGCUGGAGAUGACGAAAUCGAGUUUUCAGACGACGAAAAGGAGGCCGAACAUAAGAGGCAAUUGAAGGCUAAAAAGAAAGGAGGCCGCGGCGGCAAGGGCGGCGCAGGAGGGCGGGGAGGUCACACUGAGGCCUCGUCCCUCCCUCCGAUGACUGGCCUACAGUAUGACGACGACGACGAGGACGGGCCUUAUCGAAAACUUGCAAGGCCAGCGAGCUUCGCGCAGGGCCAAUCCACCGCUCCAGAAUCUGGGUAUUCAAAUCAUCACGCCAACAAUAACGGCUCAUUCCGGGGUGGUCGAGGUAGAGGCCAACGAGGACAUGGGCAUGGUCGUGGUGGGAGGGGUAAUCGCGGAGAUUCACGAGGUGGACAUUCAUUACCACCUAGACCACCACGAGGACAAGACUAUCAGCCACAAACUCAGCAAUACAACUAUUCUCCAGCACCACCUCCAGUUACUAACCCAGCAUAUCCCCCGCAGUCGCUGCCAUUCUACGGAACACCGAACAAUCAUCAACAGCCAAAUACGCAGUUUCAAUUCCCUUGGCCCCAGAACGUUCCACAAGGCUUCGUUCCACCCCCACCGCCACAGUUUACCGGGCAACAACCUGGCGCGUACUACAGCCCCGAGUUCUUUGCUGCUUUGCAAAGUCAAAUGCAGGGACAACCCAAUCAACAAAACGGCCAGUGGCCCGGACAUGGUGGUGCUGGAUAGAAUCCUAACGCUAUGUACGGCAAUAUGGGGUGGGUUCUCCCCCAUGCCUAUCCGCCUCACGAAUGGAAUAAUCAUAGGUACUAAUGGAUCCGUUGCUCCAAACGUUAGUGGACUCCCAAAAUCUGAUGAUAGUCGGGCCUAUGUUAAUAAAUUUAUAGAUACAGUCUAUAGAGCGGCGUUCCAGCCAGCAGCCUAGCCAGCAAGGCAAGGCAGACAGAGUAAAGACGGAGGCGGGUGUACAAAAAUCCCGGGGCAAGACUUACGGAAAAGGCCGAAAGGGCAGAAAAGGUCACGAUGGAAAAGAAAAUCAACGAGGUUCCUCCAUGUAGGAUAUGAGUCACGUUUCUCACCGAGCCACUUCUUAUAUGGGGCAUAUCUUGGUAGUGAGGUAUUACCGGCACAUUGAUCGUAAUUGUAAUGUCUAUACUGACAUCUGAAAUAAUAUGACAAUCAUGGAGGAUCGAGGAAUAUUGUCAUCAAAGUCAAGUCUUGAGCCAAUGGAAAUGGAAACAUUAAGGAGUGUUGAUAAUAGCCCGAUAUAGACAAAUUGGCUUAACUACCUAUG